CGCACACGGGUCAGGAGUGCGGUGAUGAGGGAGAGAGAGGGGGGCCUGAAGACUAGUUUAGUGACUGCCUGAAAACACGUACACAUCCCGACUGGCUCUACAGCACAGCCUCUGUCUCCGCAAGAAAAAAAAAAGUUUUGAGUGCUCAGGCUCAGCAGUGCCACGCAGGAAGAGAGGCCCGUCGAGACGACUUUUUGGAGCGACCUUGGAAAGAAAGGGAAAGUCAAAACAAAGACAACCGCCAUAACCAUCAGGAGAAACUCUCAACGUGAAGAAGGAAUAGCUUAGCAACAGAGUCCCACUUCCUGAGGUGUAAGGGAUCAGGCUCCUAACACCAUGGAUAUGGACACGCAGCCACAAGGACAGCACGCAGCUGUGCCAGUGUUCCAACCCCAGAAACCACUGCAGCCAGAUAUGGGCCAUAAUUCACUGGCUAACUUCCAGAUUGAGAAGAAGAUUGGUCGUGGGCAGUUCAGUGAGGUGUACCGGGCGAGGUACCUCCUAGACAACACGUCAGUGGCCCUGAAGAAAGUUCAGAUAUUCGACUUGAUGGAUGCCAAAGCUCGGCAAGAUUGCAUCAAAGAGAUAGAUCUCCUUAAGCAAUUGAACCACCCCAAUGUGAUAAAGUACCAUGCAUCUUUUAUUGAGGACAAUGAGCUAAACAUAGUCCUGGAAUUAGCGGAUGCUGGGGACCUCUCACGUAUGAUCAAGCACUUUAAGAAGCAGAGGAGGCUUAUUCCAGAGAGAACAGUGUGGAAGUACUUUGUCCAGCUCUGCAGUGCGCUCGAACAUAUGCACUCCCGGAGAGUGAUGCACAGAGAUAUCAAGCCAGCCAAUGUAUUCAUCACAGCCACAGGAGUAGUUAAACUAGGAGACUUGGGACUGGGACGAUUCUUCAGCUCCAAAACAACAGCCGCUCAUUCACUAGUGGGUACUCCUUACUACAUGUCACCGGAGAGGAUACAUGAAAACGGAUACAACUUCAAAUCUGACAUCUGGUCGCUAGGAUGCCUGCUCUACGAGAUGGCAGCCCUACAGAGCCCGUUCUAUGGGGAUAAGAUGAACCUUUACUCCCUUUGUAAGAAGAUAGAACAGUGCGACUACCCCCCUCUUCCCUCAGAUCACUACUCAGAGGAGCUGAGGAACUUGGUAGAUAUGUGCAUCAACCCUGACCCAGAGAAGAGGCCGGACAUCACCUAUGUGUACGACAUUGCCAAACACAUGCGGAACAUGACACAGGGCUGCUAAGCCAAGAGUUACACACACUAUAGCUUGCAGAACUCCUUCCAGCCGCCCCCCUCCCCGCUUUUCAUGCUGGACUUGUACACAUCUAUCAGCAUUUAUACAAUAACUUACUCCAGAGUUUAGCUCCUUGUGAUAAGUAGUAUAUGUAACAGAUUUUUAUUUCCAUGGUAAUGGUACGGUCUAUAACAUGACAGAGACCCAAACCUUUUCUGCCCUAGGAUAAAGAUUAUAGAGUAUAAUUUUUUUGUCAGAUGGACCUCCCAUUCCUUAGACUUAGUGUGUUGUAACUCACUGAUGUGUUUGUUGGUAUGGCUUUAAAACGCAUGUCCUUUGUAUUUUCAUGUAGUGACCUAAAGUCAUCUGCUACUAGCAGAUGCUGUUUAAAGCAGCUAUUCACGGAUAUAGUAAAAUUAGAUUAUAGUUUGAGGUGUUACCUCCUAUCCUCAAAACAGUCCAUCAGUGCAAAUGCGAAUAAAAAUUACCUUGAAAGCUUUUGAUGUGUCUCAUAUGACCUGUGGUCAGCAAAUAACACAAAAAGACCAUGAAGCCUUUUAGCACAACAGUAACUUUGAAGUGAAGAGAUUUCUACCCAAUGGCAGCAAAGACUUAACAGAGUGUUGUUGAUGGUUAAAGUGUUGUUGUGUUGCACUUUCUAUCCUGGUAGCGGGAAGACUGGGUGAUCAUGUCUAAUGAAUGUAUUAGGGAAAGGAAGGAUCAUCUAGAGGGUACACUAGAGAUGUGCUAGAGGGAGAACAUGGGCAAAUGUCUCCACAACACUUUGAAUGUAAGUCAUUUUGACACCUAUGUAUUGUCUUUGAAAAAUUCAGAAUGUCUUUUUUGACAGCCUAGAGAGAGCUGUAACAAAAGCAGUUUUACAUCUGCUGUUUACCUUAGUCACUGACACCAAAUAUCUCCUCCUCGGUGUAGCUUAAGCAAAAUAUACUGUUAUUACGUAGUUUUUUUUUAGGUUUUUUGCAGCAAAAGCACAGUGAAACAUGACAUGAAAAAAAAAAAAAACUUAAAACGCAUAGUUCUCCGUCAUGGUCCAGUGGAUCCAC